AUGGUUAGAGUGACGGAAUUUAAACUAGAGCCAACUGGAAAAGAACGAGGACUUCAAUGCGAUUUGCUGACCCAAGAUGUGGUGCCAACACCUCAGCGCAAUAAAAUCGUCGACCUGACAACGCCUUGGUAUUACGGGAAUUUAGUUUGCGUCAUUCCCGUACCUGAUGAAACGGCCAACAUCAACUCAGUUAUCAAACCGUUUCAAUGGCCGGUCUGGCUAUUAAUCGGGGUAUCGAUCGUUGUGGUCAUUGCAGUUUUGAAUUUACUCCAGCGCUACCUGGAAUAUCGAUCCGCAUUCGAAAUGGAUUUUAAAACCAGCAAUAAACCACGAGCCGAAAAAUGGCGGACUGGAAAUCAAUAUCUCUACGUUUUCGGCAAUUUGCUGUCACAAGGUGGUUUCUGCCCAUCGAAAUGGCUACCCUACCGACUUGUCGCUGGCGUGUGGAUCCUGGCCGCUUUCAUCUUCGUCCAGGCCUACACGUCGACUCUCAUCACUUACGUCGUGACGCCAAUCAAUCAGCCACUAAUCAAUUCAGUCUAUGACAUUGCUGGCAGUAGCGACAUCAAUUUACUUGUCAGAGAAACGGGAUCUUUAAAUACGUUACUUUCGACCAACAAUUUCACGGGACUAUUUGCGACAUUGCGAAAAAAACUUGAUGCAGUCCCGAAUUCUCGAUGUGUAUCUCCGUCUGAAUGCAUACGUUUGAUGACACCAGGUUCAAGAAAUGUCUUCGUUGAUGCAAAGGCUUUUGUAUUGGAUGAAAUCAGAAAAGAUUAUAAAAAGACGGGCAAAUGCAACUUUCAAAUAGCGAAAGAAAGUUUCAUCAGCGCCACGGCAUCGUUUGCCCUUCCGAAAAACAGUCCCUACACGCCAGUUAUAAGCCGAGGACUAUUGGAACUGAUGCAGAUUGGCCUCAUCGACCACUGGGACACGUGGUUCCGCCCAAUGCCGCCUCAAUGUAACGGAAAACCCCCAAAUGGAAACAAGACCAAGAAGCUUUCGCCUCUUUCCCUGAAAAAUUUGACCGGUGCAUUUCUAGUUUUACUUGUUGGACUGAGCCUUUCGAUUUUAGUUUUCCUCAUCGAAAAAAUCAAUUCUGUCUCUAAAUGUCGUCGCAGUCGCAAAGUUAAUGGGUUGCAACGAGACUAA